AUGGCGGUCGCUUCGGGAGUUCACUCGCCGCUGUCUCUCCGCGCCCACGCUAGCCUCGCGCCUUCCCAUCCUUCCUCUCUCUCUCCCUCAUCCACGUCUCUGUGGAAGGCCUUUAGACGACCAAACCAGGUAUCAAUGGCCGCUCAGGCCGCGUCUCCCCCUCCUCGUUCGGUGGUCGCGAACUGCGCCUCCUCCUUCCCCCACACGGGGCCCCUUUCCGAUUCCUCGAAUAUGAGGUAUGUUCUUCGGAAGUGUAUUUCUAUUUCUUUUUCAUCCUACCUCAGCUUUGAAAAUUCCCCGGGAACAAGAGGAUACAGACGGAUCUACAAUAAUGUUCCCCUGUUCGACGACGAUACUUCCAUAUCGAACGCCCUUUUUUUAGAUUCAAUGGCCUCCCUCUUUUCCUCAGACUCGUGAAGUGGUUAUGCAUUGCACGGUCAUCGUCCUCAUAGUUCUUCUGAGAUCACGUAAUAAUUCAUCCUCUUUCAUCCAUUUCCCCCCAUUUUUUGCUCGUAUCUCAAGCGAGAUUAUUCUGCUCGAUAUCCCAAACAGCUUCUUGUUCUCCGUUGUUUACUGUGCAGAGAGUCGUUCUAUUCCUUCAAAUUUUUCAUUUUGAGCCUUCCAUUUAUCCCUUAUUUCCAAUAAAUGAUUAUUUAAUUUCCAUCUGCAACCAGUUUGUACUUAUGGUUAUUGAAUUACACACUAAGUUUUGAUACCAUUUUUUUCCUCCUAAACCCAGACGAUUUUAGUUUAGUGGAAACUUUGCACCGCUCAUGCAUCUGUUUAUUGCAUUUCUCAGAUCCCAAGCAGCGAAGACGACACCAUUCAGCAUGAUCACCGAGGAGCCAGCCGUCCCCAAGCAGCCGUACAAAUGGCAGAGAGUUCUGUUGAAAGUGAGCGGUGAAGCGCUCGCUGGGGACCAUAAAGAAAACAUAGAUCCAAAGGUCUGUAAGUGGAAGACUUGCAUCAGCGACUCUACCAGGAUCUCGAUUUCGGGAUGUAAAUAAUUUUUCUUUAAUCCCUUUUCAUGCUCGCAUCUAUGACUUUGCAUCCCAUACUGCGAUUCUCUGCAUUCAGGAAGUAUAUCAACGCCAAUAUGUUAUCUACUUAUAUAUUUUCCCUGCCUAUACAUAAAUUUCGAAAGACUUAAUCAAGGUUUACCUGCUGCAUGAUGAAUUUCGAGGCUUAUUUGGUUCUUCCUUACAAAUGUGCGUGGAUUUCAUGCUCCCUCUACCUUGCAGAUCACCAUGGCUAUCGCAAGAGAGGUUGCCUCUGUGACCCGGCUUGGUGUGGAGGUCUGUUUGCCCACGAGAAGGCACAGAUGGAAUCCUGCUUCUUGAUGCUCACAGAGGCCUCUUUUUGCAGGUGGCCAUAGUCGUUGGUGGGGGGAAUAUUUUCCGAGGAUCCUCUUGGGCUGGCUGCAGCGGGCUUGACCGUUCGUCUGCUGACUACAUUGGGUAUAAAUUUUAGAUCAUUUUUAUUUCAUUAAUGUCCAAUUCGGACUACUCUUAGAAAAUUCAAAGUGUUUGAACCAUAUUGGGAUAAAAUUCCAUAAACGGAGAAGCUUUGUUUGGACUGCAGUGACCAUCUUUUUGCUACCAUUGUGAGAUGCUGAUGAACAUCUUUGGCUAGGUUAGGACAUUACUCUGGGCAAUUUAUUUCAGCACAUAAAUAUCAGGGCUGCUCAGCUGAUGGGCUCAGAAGAAAUGCAGAGAUCUCUCUCAAAACCUUAUACCAUGAUACUUAUGAGGAGUUAUAUACCCAUAUUCAAUGUUGCAAGUUUUAUGCCAUAGCAAUAUUUUAUUGGAGAAUUUCUCAGAUGAAUUAUUUUUCUCUCCUAUUCUUCUUGGUUCCUACUUUUCAAAGCAUACUAACAAUGCGGAUCCAAGCUAGGAGAACAAUUUUUUAACUGAAUUUUUGUUCCCAAGGUGGUAAUUAUUAACAUAUCAUAGCUAUUCUUAUUAUUAUAGUCGUUAUUUUUCUCUUUGAUUGAUUCAGCAUGCUAGCGACGGUCAUGAAUGCAAUAUUCCUACAAGCAACCAUGGAGAGCAUUGGCAUCCCCACUCGCGUGCAGACUGCCUUUAGAAUGUCAGAAGUCGCAGAGCCAUACAUACGAAGAAGAGCAGUCAGGCAUUUAGAGAAGGGCCGAGUGGUGAUCUUCGCCGCUGGCACCGGCAACCCCUUCUUCACCACCGACACUGCUGCAGCACUCCGGUGUGCCGAAAGUGAGUCUAAAACCCUAAUCGUAAUCCACGGCCAGAUUUCUUCAUUCAUUCUUUUCUGAAAAUAAAUAACGCGAAAUAUAUAUAAAAAAAUCCGUUUAUUUAUCUGUCAAAUUGUGGGUCAAUUGGGGAAAGAUCCCAAGCAAUAUUUUUUCUUUCAUUCUCUUACCCAUUACUGUGGGCAUAAAUGAGCGAGUCAAGACCCAAACUGUUGUCUUUGGCAAGAUUUCUUCUUUCUCUCUCUACUCCAUCUAAAAAUAUCUGCUCUUUAGCAAGAUUUCUUCUUUGAUGCUCUGCCCAUCUUCAAUGGGUCGUAUAAAACUGUGAGCUUGUUUAUCUCCCCGAAUUGGGUUGAUCAGAUGGCGUGGAUUAACCCUGGCGCCUGAUGGGUUCUAAUGGCACUGCCGUCUGAAUCUUCAGUCAACGCCGAGGUGGUUCUGAAGGCGACGAAUGUGGACGGGGUCUACAGCGACGACCCGAGGAGCAAUUCGGAUGCCCACCUCCUUGACACUGUCAGCUACCAGGAAGUCAUCUCAAGGGAUCUCUCUGUCAUGGACAUGACCGCCAUCACGCUCUGCCAGGAGAACAACAUCCCAGGUUCUCUCUCUCUCUCUCUCUCUCUCUCUCUCUCUCUCUCUCUCUCUCUCUCUCUCAGAUCUUUGAGUUCUGCAGUUGUGGUCUUCAACUUGGCGAAACCAAACAACAUCUCCAAGGCGAUCCUCGGGGAGAGAGUCGGCACCCUGAUCGGCGGGAGCCGAAAUCCCUCCAAUGUGGUUUGA